UUACUCAUCUUUUAAAGGGGUCUCUACAGCUUUUGAUGUUUCAAUGGACCAACUGUCAACUUCCAAAGUAGAUAAUUAUAUGGAGUCAACAAAUGAAGGAAGGGUCUCUACAGCUUUUAAUGAUUCAAUGAACCAACCGUCAACUUCCAAAGUAGAUAGUUACUUGCAGUCUAGAAAUGAAGAAAUUGAUAAUCGCUCAAAUGAUGAUGGUAUGCUAGAACCAGAUGCAGUAUUGAAGAAGUUGAAGGAAAGAAAAGUUCUUUCUCGUGAGCACUAUAAGAUUCAAAACACAGAGCAAUUCAAAUCAGUUGUUUAUUUUUUAUAUGCAUGUGUGAUUAACAGAACUUUUGGGAUAACUGCAUGCACUUUCCAGAACAUCUUUGAAUUAAUUUUAAAUCAUAUUACUGUGAUUAUUACUGUACUAUAUUUCUUUCUUUAGGUAGAGGGUUUCCAAUACUGAGUAAAUUGAAGUGUACAGGGUGGGCAAAUUUCGAGGUUUUAGCACUACAGUUUUCAAACUAGAGGAGAUAGACACAAUCUGAUACCCCAUUCUCGUUCUCUUUUUCUGAGAAACUUACAAUAGUAGUAGUGA